AUGGGUUCUGAUUUCACCAUUACUGGUGAUGCAUAUAGUAGCACUAGUUCUAAUUUGACACUGCAUGAGGCCUCUUUUGGUUUCUUUGCGCUUUGUGAGGACAUGAUGAGUGCAGAAAAGGUUUGGAGCUUAUCCAAUUUUCCAUCUGGCCUCUCUCAUGAAAGCCAAUGUGUUGAGCUUCUGUCCAAGAAUAAUGACCUUGGUGGUGUUCUUCUUCCUCCCUUUGAUAAUCUCAAGUCAUUGGAAGUGAGAACUGGGACUUGUGGGACGUCUCUAGCUCAGGCGAAGAACAUUACUGGGAAUCUGAAAGCUAAGCUUUGA